CAUGAUUUCUCAUUCUGAAAAGGCCAACCCACUUCUUCUCUUUCUUCCCACUAUAGUGAAACUAGAUAAGCUGCCUGGCUGCUUCUUUUCUUCUUCAUCAUCAUUUCCAUUUCUCUUUUUUCAAUUAAAAAGAUUAAAAAUUCUAAAGAAUAACAUAAACAGACUCAGCAACUCCCUGUAUAUAAAAACAUGUCUACAUAAUAUAUGUAUAGAUGCUUGUUAAGCAUUUCAGAAGUUGUUGUGCAAAAUGGGAUUUCUUGGAGAUGAUGCAUCAAAUCUUAAAGUCCUAGACUGUACACUAAGGUUGUUUGUCAUUCCUUUGUCUAUUGCCUCCAUAUGGUUGUCAGUCUCCAAUCAACAGGACAAUAGCAGUUAUGGGAGAUUGGAAUUCAGCAAUUUCACAGGACUCAAGUACAUGGUUGGCAUUAGUGCUGCAUCAGGUGGAUAUGCGCUUUUUACUGCUAUAUCAUUGUGGGUCAAGAGUUUGGUCAGUAAAGCAUGGUUCUUCUUUGUGUCUGAUCAGCUUGUAGCAUACUUAAUGGUUACAUCAUUGGCUGCAAUUUGGGAAAUUCUUUACUUAGCCUAUAAUGGUGACCAAAAGGUGUCAUGGAGUGAAGCCUGCAGUUCCUACGGAAAAUUUUGCGGUAGAUUGAAGCUGGUUUUGGUUCUCCAUGCAAUCGCCCUUUGUUGUUUCCUUGCAUUAGCUGUGAUUUCAGCUUAUAGGGUCUUUAGCAGAUAUCAGCCUCCUAGUAUAGAGAAUGAAGAAGAAAAGGAAAUGCACACCUGAUUUCCUCUCACCCCCCCCCCCCCCCCCCCCCCCAGUUUUAAUAGUCAAGUUGUGUUUAUAAUUUUAAUUACCAAAAAAAAAAAAUCACUUACAUGGAUUGAACCUGAUCAGCCCAAUUCAGUUGACAUAUUCUGAUAUUGUUACUACUCUGGAGAUAGGCAAGGAUUGAUUAUUGUCCCUUCUAUUGAUAUAGAGUUUGUUGAAUAAAGGUUUUUGUCUUU